AUGAUUAUUGAUCGAUGGAAUCUUGUUACUGAAACUCCAGAAGAAUUUGUCAUGUUACGUACAUUUAAUUAUUGCAAAUAUAAAUCAAGUGUUAGGAUCUUAAUUCCAUAUGUUAAUUCUGGAUCAUAUGAGACACGAUCAACAACAACAAUAAAAGAUCAUCAUCAUCUUUUUUAUUCAGAUAUAAGAGAUUUAAGAGUAUUUUUGACAAAGACAAAAUCGAAUAUUACUUGGUCUUCUCCUUUAUAUAGUAAAGUCAAUUAUCUCUUCAUACAAAUAGGAAUAAUACUUUAUUCAUCGUUGUGGAAUAAAUUAUUGAAUACUGUUAUUUCUCGUGAAACAACUGAUGAUGAGGCACAACAAUAUGUUACUUAUCUUUCAUAUUUGGUAGAUUUAUCCAAUAUAACUGAAUUAGAAUUUUCAUCACAAUAUCGUAUAUAUCAAUGGAAAAGUAUUCAAUUUAUUUUACAAGCAUGUACAAAUGUGACUGGUAUUAGAAUUAGUACUCGAUUAUUGAUGUUAUCAAAAUUAAUCGAUAAUCCAUUACUUAUUCCAAAAUUCAAACAAAUUAAAAUGAUGAAAUUAAUAAGAGAAAAAAUUUAUUGUACAUCAAAUUUUGCAUCAAAAUUUGUUCAACGUUUUCCAUCACUUGUUAAUAUUGAACUUCAUGUAUUUUCAUUCGAUAAUUGUGUAUCUAUUAUGAAUACAUUUCUUACUUGUCUUGAAAAUUUAUUUUAUGUUAAAAUCAAUUAUUCUCAAGAUACAUUAUUCGAUGAUCCUUUUUCAUGUGAUUAUAUUAUUGAGAAGCGUCGACACAGUUUUCCUGGUAAUAUUAUUGAUGAAGAAAAAGUCAUUGUGAAGAAUAAUGAAGACGUGAUAGAAAUUUGGUUAAUAUGA